UUUACCACCUCCCUUCUUCUCUCCUUCUCUCCCUUCCUCUCCAUCCACUCUUUCAGCCUACAUCUUAUCUUUCUUUCACUCCUUGAAGAAAGAAGGUGUUUCUAGGCCUGCCAUUCAUUUACCCCCUAACGUCCACACUCCUUUGUCAACGCAGUCGAUCUGCUUGACCCAAUCCCGACUUCUCUUCACAAACUUCCUGGAGAAGUUUCUUUGUCUUCAAUCCCAAAAUGCGUUCUGCUGUCAUCUUUGCCGCCUUGGCGGUCGGCACUUGUGCCAGGGUUAUUGAGAAGGAGGUUUAUGUGACUGAGUGGACUACCACCACCGUCACCGAGACUGUCACCCAGUGGCCCACCAACGCCCCCAGCACCGCUGUUGUGGUCAAGCAGGAACACACCAAGCCCGUCAACGCUGCGCUUCCUACUGUCGACAUUUCCAAGAAGAACGCUGCGGUCGAGACCGCCCCUGCUGCGGCUCCUACUACUGCUGCCGCCGAGGUUGAGCCUGUUGUAGCCAGCAGCGCGACCUCGUCUUCCACUUCUUCUUCGGCCACCGCAGCCGAAAUCCAGGCCGUGACCUCCUCUGCUACCUCUGAGGCUCCCGCCGUCGCUACCUCUUCGGCAACCUCGACCACCGCCGCUGCCACUGCCGCCCCUAGCGCUGCCAACUCCUACCAAGAGUCCAUCCUGCACUACCACAACCUUCACCGUAGCGACCACUCUUCCAGCGAUUUGACCUGGUCCGAGGACCUCGCGGGAGCUGCCCAAACUCUCGCCUCGCGUUGCGUGUACGGACACGACACCUCCAUUGUGUCCGCCAGCGGAUCCUACGGUCAGAACAUCGCAUACGGUUACGAUGCGGCACAGGUCGGUGAGAAGGUCAUCAGCGAGAUGAUGUACACCCAGGAGGCCCCGUACUUCGCCAACCUGUACGGUCAGGCCAGCCCUGAUAUGUCCAACUUCGAAAACUGGGGCCACUUCACCCAGAUCGUCUGGAAGGGCACCACUCAAGUUGGUUGCGCCACUGUUAGCUGCUCUAACUUGCAGAAUGCUGGUGGCCCCGCCCCCUUCACUGUUUGCAACUAUGGCACCCCCGGUAACUACGCCGGCGAGUAUGCCGACAACGUCUUGAAGCCCAAGAGCGCAUAAACGUCUCGGGAUAUAUGGAGCUGUUGAUUUGAGAAUGCCACAUCUGAUGUUCAUCUUCUGUGGAGUGAUCUAAACCCAUUGAUCCUGUUCUUCUAAACAUGUCUCCCCCAUUCGCCUUGCGCCAUAUGGAUUUAUCUUCUUGUCUUUUACCUUCUUGGUCAUUUGCAUGUCCUGCCUCGAUCGGUGACCCAUACUGUAUGUAUGCAAGCGUGCUUCGUCCUUCUAUUUUGGAGGACCCAUGGCAAUGCAGAUAUUAUUGUUCCAUUGUGAAUAUUCUUUUGACUCCUUGUCUUCCGCCACUCCUGUGUUGCGGCUCAUCCUGUUGAUAACAAAAUCUCUGGCGUCAUUUUUUUUCUUUUGCGAGCGAUGUACUGUGUACAACCCCAGCGUAUCAUGAAGUCACAUGUAUCUCAACA